AUGGCCGUUAAAGCACCAUCGAAUACGACUUUCAAGAACCGCGAGAAGCCGCAGGAAGUGCGCAAGGCUAAUAUCAUAGCAGCGCGUGCCGUGGCUGACGCGAUCCGGACUUCUUUAGGUCCUAAAGGUAUGGACAAAAUGAUCAAAACGUCUCGUGGUGAAGUCCUGAUCUCGAAUGACGGCCACACGAUUUUGAAGCAGAUGGCUAUUCUUCAUCCCGUGGCUAAGAUGCUAGUGGAAGUUUCUGCAGCUCAGGAUAGCGAGGCAGGUGAUGGUACAACUUCUGUGGUCAUUUUAACGGGUGCACUGUUGGGAGCCGCGGAAAAAUUGCUCAACAAAGGUAUUCAUCCUACUAUAAUCGCAGAAUCUUUCCAGAGGGCCGCCAAAAGAUCGGUGGAGAUUCUACUGGACAUGUCGCAUAAAAUCUCCUUGGACGACAAAGAUGCUCUUGUUCGCGCCGCGGCCACUUCUUUGAGCUCCAAAAUUGUUUCUCAACAUUCUUCUUUCUUGGCACCUUUGGCUGUGAACAGUGUUCUCCGCAUUGUUGACCAUGAAGCGACGAACGUCGAUUUGAACGAUAUUCGUCUAAUUAAAAAAGUUGGAGGAACGAUCGAUGAUACGGAAAUGGUAGACGGUGUUGUAUUGACGCAAAACGUUGUUAAGAGUGCAGGUGGACCAACUAGGAUUGAGAAAGCACGCAUCGGUAUAAUUCAAUUCCAAAUCUCUCCGCCAAAGCCAGAUACAGAAAACAACAUUGUGGUCAAUGACUACAGACAGAUGGACAAAAUCCUAAAGGAGGAACGCGCUUAUUUGCUGAAUAUUUGCAAAAAAAUCAAAAAGGCUAAGUGUAACGUUCUUCUCAUACAAAAAUCGAUUCUUCGAGACGCUGUUAACGACCUGGCUCUGCACUUCCUAUCAAAACUCAAUAUAAUGGUGAUAAAAGACAUUGAAAGAGACGAAAUUGAGUUUCUUUCCAAGAGCUUGGGUUGCAAACAGAUAUCUGAUAUCGACCUUUUCACAGAAGACAGAUUAGGGUCUGCUGAUCUUGUAGAAGAGAUUGAUAGCGAUGGUUCCAAGAUUGUGAAGAUUACAGGCGUUAAAAACGUCGCGAGUAAGCCCACGGUUUCUGUGAUUGUACGUGGUGCUAACAAUGUUACUCUAGAUGAGACAGAACGGUCCCUUCACGAUGCUUUGUGUGUGAUCCGUUGUUUAGUCAAAGAGAAGGCCCUUAUUGCAGGCGGAGGUGCUCCAGAGAUAGAGGUUUCCAGAACUUUAACCAAAGAGGCACGCACUUUGAAGGGUGUCGAGUCCUUCGUAUGGCAAGAGUUUGCUUCUGCUUUGGAGGUUAUCCCAACGACGCUCGCUGAAAACGCAGGUCUUUAUAGCAUUAAAGUUGUCACCGAGCUUCGUUUAUUACACGAAAACGGAGAGCGAAACGCCGGCAUUUCUAUAAGAAGGUCCGGGACUACAAACACAUACGAUGAACAUGUUUUGCAACCCGUAUUGGUGAGCACCAGCGCCAUUACUUUUGCUUCUGAAUGCGUCAAAUCGAUUUUAAGAAUCGAUGAUAUAACUUUCAGUCGUUAA